UUUUCAAAAUAAAUAUGAAAUACAACAGUUAAACUAAUCCUCCUUCGAAUUUCCAACACUUUAUGGGAGUUGCUCCAAACUAGUUCAGUUCAAAUAUCAAAGGUUAGGUAAUAUAUGCACUAUUUAUUUGGUAUAGACAUUGAAUUCGCAGCAACAGAAUCUGCAUGAUGAAUCAAGGGUCUCAUAAAUGCCAGUUUCCAAGAUUGAAGAGGUGAAUUACUAACAUUCCCAUGAAGUUAAUCAUAGUCAUAUUGAUCUCCAAUAGCAGUCCUCCAAGGCCUAACAUUAUCAUCCUCUUACAAUGCCAUGCAAUUGGGAUUUGGCUAGAAAGCAUGCUUUAUCACGAAGAACAGCUUUAGAAAAAAAGAAGGACAUUACUAAAACGACAAAUGGUAUCCCAUUUACUAUAAUAAACAAGUUGAAACAUGUCCUUGUUGUGGUUUUGAAGUAGAGAGAGAUGAAAUCCCAUAUUGUUCAAACCCCAUGGCAUUGUCAUUUCUAGGUUCUGGAUUCACAUUGUUUUACAAUUACCUCAAAUAUUGCAUAAUAAUCUUGUUCAUAACUUUGGUCACCAAACAGAUUUAUAAUCUCUAUACCAGUUAUGAGGGAUCAUAUUGUAGUCAUGUUAAAAAGGAAAAAAUAGAAGGACAUGUAGUAGAGUUACCAAAUUGUUCGGAAUCAUUGUUCUUGAGAUUGUCUUUAGCUAAUAAAUUGGAGUAUUUUAAACUAUAUAAACUAGUAAUCGCCAAGCUUUAGAGCAUGUGUAAAUUUUAAACUUUAUUAACUUAUUUAUUGUAAUGAUGGUCCUCAUCUAUUUUAGAAAAAGCCAGCGAUAGAUAGAUACAACUAUAGAUGAAGAACUCUUAACACCUGCUGAUUAUACAGUUUGUGUCAAGAAUAUUCCUUUAGGAUUAGGUUUAGAUUACAAAUGGGAAUUGAAACAUAUGUUUGAGACUUGUGCAGUCAUAUCAGACACAAAACCUAUAGUUGUGAAAAAAGUAGUUCUAGUUUAUGACAUCGAAGAGAUUAUCGAGAUGGAAAAACAACUUGACGAAUUAGUGGAUAGGAAGAAAGAUAUUAUAAAAGAAUACAAUUACAAUUUUAAUCAUCCAAAAGUCUUGGAAAUAGACUAAAAAAUAAAAGAGUUCGAGCAUAAGAUACAUUAGACAGAGAAAGAGUAUGAAAGAGAGAAUAAAAAAUUUGCUGGAAUUGCAUUCAUAUCCUUUGAGGAUGAAACUAUGAAAAAUUUGGUGUUAUAAGAAAAUUAACAUACUUAGUUAGAGAGAAUGAAGUCAUAUUGGAAUAAGGGUAAAUUAGAAGGAUUGUCCGAGAAUGAUUUAUCAUGGCAUGAAUAGAAAUUAUUUAUUGAACAGGCUCCAGAACCAAAUGAAGUUGAUUGGGAAUUCAUUCAUGUUAAAACUGAGGAGAAGAUAAGUAAAAGAGUCAAGGCUUGGAUAAUUUACCUAUUAGUUGAAAGCGCAGCAUUUUAUUCAAUUUAUCUAAUAGCGCAUAAAGUGGCUAAAUAUGGAGAUGAGGCAAGAGAAGAAGAAAUACAAGGAAAAUUGGAUCAUAAUACUAUGUUGAAAAUAAACAUUUUAUCUUUUAUAAUCUCUUUGAGCAUUGUUUUAUUUAAUAAAUUUGCAGUUGCUAAAAUAGUUCAUUACAUUGUAGAUGAUGAAAAGAUCUCAAGUAAAACCAAAUUUCAAAUAUCCUUUGUAUACAAAUACGCCUUAGCAUUAUUUUUGAAUGCUGCCAUCAUUAGUUUUCUGGUGGAUAUUGUAAUUUUAAAGAAUGUGGAAGGAGCUGGAGGUUUCUUGCAAAACGAAAGCUAGAUUUUUAUUCUGAAUGCUGUGCUACCUCCAUUUAUAUGGUGUGUAGAUCCAUGGAGUCUGUGCAAAAACAUUUGGAGAUGGUACAUUGUAAGAAAGGGAGACAAAGCCUUGUUAACCCAAUAAGAGGCAAAUACUUUAAUGGAGGAACCAGACUAUUUGUCAGCCAAAAGGUACUCCGAUAUUAUGAAAACAAUGUGGUUUACUUUUCUAUACGGCACAGCCAUUCCUUUGGGUACAGUUUGCAGUGCUUUUGGAAUUCUAAUUUACUAUUAUGUUGACUAUUAUAACAUUUUGAGAAGGAGAACUGUGAAGGAAUCCAUUAGCAUUCAACUAUCUACAGGUAGAUAUAAUUUUUAGUUUUAGAAAUGAUUGAGAUGUUGGAAUACAUAAUAGUGUGGAGUGCCUUUGGAGAAAUGAUUAUGACUUAUGCAUUUUUCAAGGAGAUAAGUUAAAUUGAUGUUUUGUUGAUGGUGAUUGCUAUCAUCUAUGCUUCCUUACCAAUGGAAGACAUCUCAUAAUAUUUGUUCCCAGUAGUCAAUAACGAAGAGGUAUCACUGAUUGCUAAUUAAUUUAUAGAUUAAACCCUAUGAUGAAGGAUGUUUGGGUUUCGAUACAGACUAUGACAGAGAAAACCCAGUGACAAGACACAAAGCUAUUGAAGAAUGGAAUGAAAAACAAAAUAUGCUGAUAGAUUCAAACCACAAAAUUCACAAGUACUAUCAAUAAUAAGAUCAAUUUGGGUAUAAUAAUGAUGUCCAUUAUGGUAGAAGAUGA